GCAGGGCGGCCGCGCGGGCCUGAAUGCGGCCUGCGGAGACGGGAGCCUCCGAGCCCGGCCCUGGAGAGCGGAGUCCGUGCCCAGGACGGCCAUGGAGAAGAUGGCCAGGGUCACCACCGCCCUCGGGGGCAACACCAUCACGGGCCGGACCAUGUUCUGCCACCUCGACGCCCCUGCCAAUGCCAUCAGCGUGUGCCGCGAUGCUGCCCAGGUGGUGGUGGCCGGCCGGAACAUCUUCAAAAUUUACUCCAUCGAGGAGGACCAGUUUGUGGAGAAGCUGAACCUCCGUGUCGGCCGCAAGCCCUCCUUGAACUUCAGCUGCGCGGACGUGGUAUGGCACCAGAUGGAUGAGAACCUGCUGGCCACGGCGGCCACCAACGGCGUGGUUGUCACCUGGAACCUGGGCAAGCCGUCCCGCAACAAGCAGGACCAGCUCUUCACGGAGCACAAGCGCACUGUCAACAAGGUCUGCUUCCACCCCACCGAGGUGUACAUGCUGCUCAGCGGCUCCCAGGAUGGCUACAUGAAGUGCUUUGAUCUCCGCAAGAAGGACUCUGUCAGCACCUUCUCUGGCCAGUCGGAGAGCGUGCGCGACGUGCAGUUCAGCAUCCGCGACUACUUCACCUUCGCUGCCACCUUCGAGAACGGGAACGUGCAGCUGUGGGACAUCCGCCGGCCAGACCGCUACGAGAGGAUGUUCACGGCCCACAACGGGCCCGUCUUCUGCUGCGACUGGCACCCCGAGGACAGGGGCUGGCUGGCAACGGGCGGCCGAGAUAAGAUGGUGAAGGUGUGGGACAUGAACACCACGCGGGCCAAGGAGAUCUACUGCGUGCAGACCAUCGCCUCCGUGGCCCGGGUGAAGUGGCGCCCCGAGUGCAAGCACCACAUCGCCACCUGCUCCAUGAUGGUGGACCACAACAUCUACGUGUGGGACGUGCGGCGGCCCUUCAUCCCCUCUGCCAUGUUUGAGGAGCACAAGGAUGUCACCACGGGCAUCGUGUGGCGCCACCUCCACGACCCCUAUUUCCUCCUUUCGGGCUCCAAGGACAGCACUUUGUACCAGCACAUCUUCAAGGACGCCAGCCAGCCCAUCGACCGCGCCAACCCCGAGGGGCUCUGCUACAGCCUCUACGGAGACCUGGCCUUCGCGGCCAAGGAGAGCCUCAUCUCCGCUGACUCCAACCGCAAGCCCUACAUCGGGGACCGGCGCCACCCCAUCUUCUUCAAGCGCAAGCUGGAUCCCACGGAGCAGUUCGAGUACAUCUCCUCCUCGAGCGCCCUCAGCGUCUUCGAGACAGACAUGGAGAGCGGCAGCAUGGACUGGUUCGUGCACACAGCCAAGCAGUACGCGCUGGCUGGCAGGCCCCUGGCCGAGCUCUGUGACCACAACGCCAAGGUGGCCAAGGGCUUAGACCGCAACCAGGUGGCUCAAACGUGGACGAUGCUCCGAAUCAUCUACUCCAGCCUUGGCAACGUGUCCUCUACUAACCUCAAUCACAGCAUUGGGAAAGGCAGCACCACCCUCCCACUCAUGAACAGCUUCAAUCUGAAAGACAUUCCCUCCGGGCUAGGCAGCGAGUCAAGACUGGAUCGCAGUAAAGGAGAGAGCCGCACAGAAAAUAUCCUCAUGGAUUCCUCCUCCACCCUGAUCAACAACGAGGACAACGAGGAGACAGAGGGCAGCGAUGUCCCUGCUGACUAUCUGCUGGGGGAUGUGGAAGGAGACGAGGAUGACCUCUACAUGAUGGACCACGAGAACCCACACGCUGAAGAGCAGGAAUACAGCCUUCCCCAGGAAGCCUUCCCCCUGCGCCAUGAGAUUGUGGACAACCCAUCAGCCUUGGACCACUUGCAGGACAAGGCUGACUCCCCUCACGUCAGCGGCAACGAGGCCGAGACAGUGUCCCUGACACCUGUGGAGUCCUUCUCCCUCAUCUCCAUCUCUCACUCGCUCUACGAGAACCGCCUGCCCUCCGACUUCUUCAACCCCAUCGUGCGGGACACGCUGCUCUUCUACGCGGAGCAGGGGGACGUGCAGACGGCCGUGUCGGUGCUCAUCGUGCUGGGGGACCGCAUCCGCAAGGAGAUCGACGAGCAGACCCAGGAGCACUGGUACACGUCCUACAUCGACCUGCUGCAGCGCUUCCAGCUCUGGAACAUCUCCAACGAGGUGAUCAAGCUGAGCACGUGCCGCGCCAUCAACUGCCUCAACCAGGCCUCCACCACCCUGCACAUCAACUGCAGCAACUGCAAGCGGCCCAUGAGCAACAGGGGCUGGAUCUGCGACAGGUGCCGGCAGUGCGCCAGCAUGUGCGCCGUGUGCCACCACGUGGUGAAGGGGCUCUUCGUGUGGUGCCAGGGCUGCAGCCACGGCGGGCACCUGCAGCACAUCAUGAAGUGGCUGGAGACGAGCUCGCACUGCCCGGCCGGCUGCGGCCACCUCUGCGAGUACAGCUGA